CUUCGGGUCAAAAUGACCCGCCACUGUGUUAAAACCCCCCAAAAAAUCCCCUAAAUGUUAUUUUUUUAACUUGAGAUUUUAAGACUUUGCCUAGAUUGGCCAAAACAAUAGAAAAAGUUAAAUGUUGCUUUUAUUCACAUUUCCAUGUAAGCUGUACAAAAAAAAGUACAAAGAUGGUCUUCGGGUCAAAAUGACCCGUGAGGCAAAUAGAGUUGAAAUCAAGGUCACAGAGUUAUUUACAAACCACAGAAUGUUACAAAGUUUUAGAUGUGUCUCAGAUCAAUCAGUAGCAAAAGUAAACAAGGCAAAUCAGGUGGUGUUCUCACAGACUUCAGAAGACCACCUGUUAUUUCAAGAGAAUAUAAAGGUGCUGCAUAACAGGACCCCGAAUUGUGUCUGUGCUGAAGCCAUGAGUGUGCDUUAUAACACUGAAGAGGCUUUAGAGGUGAUUUUCUCACAUGUCCAGCAAGUCAACUCUGAUUCAGAAGAGGAAGUAGAGGAUGUAUCCGAAGAAGAAGAUGGAGAGGAAUACAACCCAGAGCAUGAUGAAUCAUCUUCAGAAGAAGAAGAAAACCCUGAAGCUGAAAGUGAGACUUUCCUUUCAAAAAAUGGCAAAAUAGCAUGGUCCUCAGUGGCAUAUGACCAACACAGCAGGCAUGCAGAACAAAAUAUCAUAAAGAUGACCCUAGGACCCACAAGGUAUGCCGUUUCUCAUGCCCAUGAUAUUGUUUCUACAUUCCACCUGUUCAUCACACCAGCAAUAGAAAAAUUAAUCCUGGAGAUGACAAAUUUGGAGGGUUUUCGCAAAUAUGGAGACAGCUGGAAAAAGAUGGAUGAGGUUGACCUCCAGGCCUAUUUAGGGCUGCUAAUACUAGCAGGUGUAUACAGGUCCCGAGGUGAAGCUGCAGCUAGUCUAUGGGAUGCAGAGAGUGGAAGGCCAAUUUUCCGAGCCACAAUGCCACUCAAACUCUUUCACACCUACUCAAGACUGAUACGAUUUGAUGACCGUGAAUCAAGACCAGCAAGACGUGUGACAGACAAACUUGCAGCCAUAAGAGAGGUAUGGGACAAGUGGGUGGAGCGGUUGCCCUACCUCUACAAUCCAGGGCCUGACAUAACAGUGGAUGAGCAACUGGUUCCAUUUAGAGGUAAUCUGUUUUCAUAUUUGUAAUAAAAGUGAUUUUCACUAUUGAUUUCUUUGACUGUUUUCUGUGACACUGAUACUAAUCACUGAUGCUAAUGUCUUUUGUCCAAAGGUCGUUGUCCUUUCCGGCAGUAUAUGCCCAGCAAGCCAGCAAAAUAUGGGAUCAAGUCAUGGAUGGCUUGCGAUGCCAAAUCAAGCUAUGCUU